UAUAAAUGAUAGCAAGCUAGUCAGCAACUAAUGUAUCUUUCUCCUUCACAACCAACCGAAGUCCAAAGGCGUAGCAGAUCCAUCGUAAGGGACUACGUCGAAUUUCAUCCAAAAUGGCGCACCACCUGCCAUUAGAAGCAGCUCCAAGGAACUUUAUUCUGAAGCUGAAAACAAACUGCACAAAAUGCGAGAGUAAGCUGAAGAAGUUUCUAUUACGUACACCAGGGGUCCAUUCUGCAAAGAUAGAUGCACAGCAAAAGACGUUGUCAAUCUCCGGCACCAUGGAUCCUUCCACUGCAAUAAUGCUAAUUGAGAAGAGAUUCCGCGGUCUCAAGGCGGAGCUUUUGUGGGAUGGCCAGCAAACGGACGGAAAUGAUGUGCAAAAUGUUGUUGCUGAAUUAGCCCAACUGGAAAGAUUCUCGGGGAUUGAAGGCUUAGAAUCGGUUGAAAUCAAGUUGAGUUUCAAAGGCCAAAACCGGAAUCUGAUCAAUGGCGACCGAAAUAUGGAAGUAAUGUUUCAGAACGAGGCAGCUAGGAAUCAGAAUCACCGUCAUGAUCAAGUUCUUGGCUUCCCCUUGAGUCCGCUGGUGGGACCCCCAUCGCCAUGGUCCGGUGGUUACAGUCCAUCAGCACCGCCUAUCUGGAGGGCAUAUUAUGAUGCCCCACCUCCUCCUCCUCCCCCGGAAAGGUAUACUCCCAUUUUCAACCCAUUCAGUGAUGAAGCUACCACUUGGGGCCGCUGUUGCAUUAUGUGAAGUGAUGAUAAAAGUUUGGCAUAUCUUGAAUGCUUUUGUUUGUAUUGUCGCGCCUGUUCGUAGCGCGCUUUGAAUGUAUUAUUUCUUUGGCAUUUUGUGUGCAUCUGUAAUAUCUGUCUUAAUCAUAAGUCACAAAUUUAAAUUAAAGUUAAUUUGAAUUUGUGUCUUAUAAUUAAAAACUAGAAGGAAUAAAUGUCUGAUAUUCAAAAAGUUUGUUGUACGUAGCCAAUAAAUUGUCAUUUGAUUGAUGAAGAAAUCAUAUAAGUUCCUUUUUUCGUAUUUGUCAUU